ACAGAGCGUGAGACUGUCUCAGGAAAAAAAAGUUGGAAUGAUUCUGGGAAGUCGUUCCUUAGGUAAAUAAAAUGCCGCCCUGAGAGUUGCCCUCUGAGGAGAGGACUCUGGAGGCCGCCCUCCACCCUCAGGCCAGGCCUGCCUGUCAGUCCCUGCCUCCCUGGACUGCCUCCUGGGGAUCGCAGCCCACACCAUGCCCUGUUCUUCCUCCUCCCCAUUCCCAGGUUGCCCUGCCUGGAGUCUCCCUUCUAGGAGUGAGCCCCUGCCGUGUGGGCAGCACUGGAAGCCCCUCCCUGGCUGUCCCCAGUUCCCUGAAAUAAGACUGCUUUCCUGCUAGAGAGAUGCCCCCAGUCCCACCUUCUUUUGCUGGGCUCUCAGGGGCUGGGAUUGGGGGCAGAGCACACUUAGAGCUGGCUUGGCCUACAGGCUGCUGUUGUAAGGAGCGUAGCAGGUGAGCACCAGGUGAGGCAUGUUCCACGGGAAACACAGGAAGGCGCUGGAGGCUGCUGCCAGGGAGCAGUGGGUUCCAGGUCCUCACGCCCAGCCUGCUUCCCUGUGUGAGACUGUGGACACGCAUGUGUCUGCCUCUCAUCCACAGCCCCCCCGUUGCUACCUGGGGAGUCUGCAUGGUUGCCGUGGCCUGGUUCCGGGUUCGAGGCUAUGGACAUGCCUGGUCUGCCCUCAUCUGCAAACUCUGUUGCUACCUGGGGAGCCUUCAUGGUUGCUGUGGCCUGGUUCCCCGUAUGAGGCUGUGGACACACAUGUGUCUGCGUCUCUCGUCCUCAGCCCCUGUUGCUACCUGGGGAGCCUCCAGGGUUGCCGUCCAGUGUGUUUCGAGUCUCUUCUCACGGGUGUCUGGGCCGUGGAAGUUCUCUGUGCUUCGUGGGGCCAGCACGUGUGCACUAACUUCACUUCAGCCAGAGGCUUUGAGGGCUUUGGACUCAAGCUUUACCCAAACUGCUUACAGGGCUGGGGGUGCUGAGCGCCUGUCUCCCCUUUUUCUCAUGAAAAUGCUGACAGGAGAAAGUGUGAUUUGGAGAUUUGUAGUCGGUUGUCCUUGCUCAUCCGCCUGCCCUUCUAAAGGACUCUGGCUUUCCCGAGAAGCCUCCCGGGUGGUGUUGGUGCCGGGAGCCGAGAGACAGAGUGAGGCCUCCAGGAAACCCUUGGUGUGCUGGGUGACUGCUUGCCCUCCCUGUCUGCCCACUCUGCCCGGGCUUUGUCGUUCGUGGGGGUCACAGCUCUCAUGGCUGCCGCUAGCGUGACCCCCCCCGGCUCCCUGGAGUUGCUACAGCCUGGCUUCUCCAAGACCCUCCUGGGGACCAAACUGGAAGCCAAGUACCUGUGCUCCGCCUGCAGAAACGUCCUGCGAAGGCCCUUCCAGGCGCAGUGUGGCCACCGCUACUGCUCCUUCUGCCUGGCCAGCAUCCUCAGCUCUGGGCCUCAGAACUGUGCUGCGUGUGUUCACGAGGGCAUAUAUGAAGAAGGCAUUUCUAUUUUAGAAAGCAGUUCGGCCUUCCCAGAUAAUGCUGCCCGAAGGGAGGUGGAGAGCCUUCCGGCCGUCUGUCCCAGUGAUGGGUGCACCUGGAAGGGGACCCUGAAGGAGUACGAGAGCUGCCACGAAGGCCGCUGCCCGCUCAUGCUGACCGAAUGCCCCGCGUGCAAAGGCCUGGUCCGCCUCGGUGACAAGGAGCGACACCUGGAGCAUGAGUGCCCGGAGAGAAGCCUGAGCUGCCGGCACUGCCGGGCGCCCUGCUGCGGGGCAGACGUGAAGGCGCACCAUGAGGUCUGCCCCAAGUUCCCGUUGACCUGUGACGGCUGCGGCAAGAAGAAGAUCCCCCGGGAGAAGUUUCAGGACCACAUCAAGACAUGUGGCAAGUGUCGAGUCCCUUGCAGAUUCCAUGCCCUCGGCUGCCUUGAGACGGUGGAGAGCGAGAAGCAGCAAGAGCACGAGGCGCAGUGGCUGCGGGAGCACCUGGCCAUGCUACUGAGCUCGGUCCUGGAGGCAAAGCCCCUCUCAGGAGACCAGAGCCAGGCGGGGUCAGAGCUCCUGCAGAGGUGCGAGACACUGGAAAAGAAGACAGCGACCUUCGAGAACAUCGUCUGUGUCCUGAACCGGGAGGUGGAGAGGGUGGCCCUGACCGUCGAGGCCUGUAGCCGGCAGCACCGGCUGGACCUAGACAGGAUCGAAGCCCUGAGUAACAAGGUGCAGCAGCUGGAGAGGAGCAUCGGCCUGAAGGACCUGGCGAUGGCCGACCUGGAGCAGAAGGUUUUGGAGAUGGAGGCGUCCACCUACGAUGGGGUCUUCAUCUGGAAGAUCUCAGACUUCGCCAGGAAGCGCCAGGAAGCUGUGGCUGGCCGCACACCUGCCAUCUUCUCCCCAGCCUUCUACACCAGCAGGUACGGCUACAAGAUGUGUCUGCGCAUCUACCUGAACGGCGACGGGACCGGGCGUGGAACCCACCUGUCCCUCUUCUUCGUGGUGAUGAAAGGCCCGAACGACGCCCUGCUGAGGUGGCCCUUCAACCAGAAGGUAACCCUGAUGCUGCUGGACCAGAACAACCGGGAGCACGUGAUUGAUGCCUUCAGGCCCGACGUGACCUCAUCCUCUUUCCAGAGGCCGGUCAACGACAUGAACAUUGCAAGUGGCUGCCCCCUCUUCUGCCCCGUCUCCAAGAUGGAGGCCAAGAAUUCCUACGUGCGGGACGAUGCUAUCUUCAUCAAGGCCAUUGUGGACCUGACAGGGCUCUAACUGCCCCUAAUUGGUGUCAGGUUUGGGGGCAGCCAGGCACAGCCGGCUCACUGAGGGGCCACCAUGCUGGGCCAGGGCCUCACUGCACAAGUGGGCAGGGGCCUGGCUUGGGCACUUGGGUGGGUGUUGGCCUGCAGCCAAGUUCACUGUCACGGGGAAGGAGCCACCAGCCAGUCCUCGGAUUUCAGGGACUGCAUAGAGGGGCCUGGGAGACGGGCUCAGCCCAGGGCCGUGCUGGGGCUGGCCAAGGGUCUUCUGGUGCUUCUCUUGCUGUCUGUCCUGUGCAGUGAAGGGAGAGGCCCUGGGUGGGGACGCUCGGAGCGGAGCACAUCCCAGCAGUGCCCACGAAGCAGGAGCACAGUGGUAGCCUUGUGUUCCUCAGGCAUGGCAGGCAGAAAGGAGGGGCUGCUCCAGGAGAAGGGCCUCCUGCCGGCCAGAGCGAGGAAGGCCAUGCGGCUUGGUUCUCCCCUCUGGCCCCUGGAGAGAAGGGAGCAUUCCUAGACCCCUGGGUGCUUGUCUGCACAGAGCUCCGGUCUGUGCCACGUUGGCCAGGCUGGCUAUGGGAGAGGGUCUGGUCCCACUCUGCCUCUGCUCAGACCACGGUGUAGGGGUGCGCAGCACGGCCUGCGGGUGCUGUGAGAGCACUCCGUGCAGCUCACGAGACACAGUUAUUAAACCGUUCAAAUCUCUGCUCAGUGGUGUCCAGUUGGUUCCAGGUUGCCUGCAGCUUCCAGCCUUGGCAGUGGUCACCCUCUGGGGGUCCUCCUGGCCUCCUCCUCCCACGCACCCCUCCUCACAGGGUGUCUGGCUGCUGGCUGCUUUUCUGGCCAGCCAGGCUGUUCUCUCUGUUUCUUACCUCCUGUAAGCUCUCUCUUCUGAGCUUUGGUGAAGCCCAGUGUUCCCUCUUGUGACAUAUUCUUCCCUGCCCGUCUCCUCUCCUGGGCCUUCGAGGGACUCCUGUGAGAGCAGGAUGAGGAUGAGCCAGCCCUGGUUCUCUGCAUAGGCUGCACCGCCCUCGGGGUGUGCUCUCAGGACUGAGGGCAGGCCGGCGUAGGCAUGGCUCCGCUCUUGGUGUCAGGGCAGCCGUGCUGGGGUCUGCUUGGCGUCUGUAUCAGGGUCCAGGGUAAAAGGUGGUCGCCUCUUGACAGCCUCACACACUGCUGUAGUUUGAGAAGUUAAGACCAUA